AUGGAUCAUUCAUACACCCCUAGAAAGGAGCUGGCUCUAUCCCAAGACUCCAAAAAUUGGGCCCGUGAGGCUGCCAAGUACGGAGGAUUCUGCGUUCUGACGGCAAAAGUCAAUACUACCGGUACUGCGGUGGUCUUUGCCCAUCUUAUCGACAAGUCAUUAUCCAGUGAUACAGAUGCACGUCUACUCCUAGUGUGUCUGGAAUACCACAACAUAUUAGACAGAAAUUAUGCCAUGUUCGUACCAUCACAGGAGGCCAUUAAGACCAUACAUGACUUUACACUCUUACCCAACGCUGAGAAACGCAAGAAGCCGGCCAAAAUGUAUUUUGACUAUAAAGAAAAGUCCAUCCAAGUUCAAUCCUUCUCCCUCAAACUGUCAAAAGAGUAUAUGGUCUCUUGUUGGACUCUACAGCAAUCUGAGGAAGAAUACAAGCAGACACAAGAGCGAACUGACGUUUUCUAUCCCUUCCAUCAACCAGAGUUGCGCAACCAGUUGCAGAGCCAUGUCAGCCCCUUUUGUCCAGGGUGGAAUGCGGGGAGAAAGUUGGCAAAAUAUGACGAUAAUGCCCUUGAUUUGUUAUCGACAUCGGCUCAAGACCAGUUCGAUUUCCGGCGGCUCGUGGGUUUUUCUACCACGUGGAACGAUGAUUCUACAGUACCUGUUGAUUUCCUGAACGGGACACGUUCGACAUUUUUUCCGAUUGGCAGCAUUCAGUUCCCUUCGGAAUCAGAGGAGGACGGCCGGGAGCUGCAGAUAAAAUCCAUCACAAAACGACAAAGGACUUCACGACGAGGCACGAGUUCUGCUGUCAAUGGUCCUCCCACAACUACCAAUGAUGCUCCCUCUCCUUCGGAAAGAGCUGCGCGUCGCACAAGAAGUAAGAAGACGGCUUCCUCCAUCGCUGGUCUAAGCCUUGGCCAAACUGGACGCUGA